CGGGUGCUGCAGAUUCGGCUCUGGGAGCCCCUCUGCACCCCGAAGCGCCGCAGGCCCGCGUGGCCAGAGCAGGGAGGAGGCAGGCAGGCUCCAGUGCUGCCAUGUGAGCGACCUUGGUGACUCGCACCUGGCGCCACACCUGGGGCUCCGCUGCCCUCGGGGGACAAUGCGCGCCUUCCGCAGUCGCCGCGUCCGCACCUGACCAUGGAGUGCGCCCUCCUGUGCUUGUGCGCCCUCCGGGCCGCGGGUCCUGGGCCGCCGUGGGGGCCCGCGGGACUGGCGCGUCUGGCCAAGGCGCUCCAGCUGUGCUGCCUCUGCUGUGCUUCGGUGGCCGUCGCCUUAGCCAGUGACAGCGGCAGCAGCGGUGGCAGCGGAUUAAAUGAUGAUUACGUCUUUGUCGUGCCAGUAGAAGUGGACUCGGGCGGGUCGUAUAUUUCGCACGACAUUGUGCACAACAGGAAAAGGCGAUCGGCACACGGUGCCAGCAGCUCCGUGCACUACCGCUUUUCAGCAUUUGGACAGGAUCUACACUUAGAGCUUAAGCCCUCGGCGCUUUUGAGCAGUCACUUUAUAGUCCAGGUACUUGGAAAGGAUGGUGCUUCAGAGACUCGGGAGCCUGCGGUACAGCAGUGUUUGUAUCAGGGAUUUAUCAGAAAUGACAGCCUGUCCUCUGUUGCUGUGUCUACGUGUGCCGGCUUGUCAGGUCUGAUAAGGACACGAGACAAUGAAUUCCUCAUCUCACCGCUACCUCAGCUGCUGGCCCAGCAACACAACUACAGCUCGCCUGCAGGCCACCAUCCUCACGUCCUGUACAAAAGGACAGCAGAGAAGAGGGUCAGGCGGUACCAAGACUACCCUGCCUCCCAGCGGACAUAUCCUGGUCACUCCCCAAGUCACACCCCCCCUGCCUCCCAGAGCCAAGAGACAGAGUACCGCCAUCGAAGGUGGCAAAAGCAGCAUUUUUGUGGACGACGCAAGAAAUAUGCCCCCAAGCCUCCUGCAGAAGAUGCCUAUCUACGCUUCGAUGAAUAUGGAGGCGCAGGACGGCCCAGACGAUCAGCCGGAAAGUCACAAAAGGGUCUCAACGUGGAGACCCUCGUGGUGGCAGAUGCAAAGAUGGUGGAGAAGCACGGCAAGGAUGACGUCACUACGUACAUCCUCACAGUCAUGAACAUGGUUUCUAGCCUGUUCAAAGAUGGGACCAUUGGAAGUGACAUAAACAUUGUGGUUGUGAGCCUAAUUCUGUUGGAAGAAGAACCUGGAGGAUUGCUGAUCAAUCACCAUGCAGACCAGUCUCUAAAUAGCUUCUGUCAGUGGCAGUCAGCCCUUGUGGGAAAGAACGGCAAGAGACACGACCACGCCAUCCUCCUCACAGGAUUUGACAUUUGUUCCUGGAAGAACGAACCGUGUGACACCCUAGGAUUUGCACCUAUCAGUGGGAUGUGCAGUAAAUACCGAAGCUGUACCAUCAAUGAAGACACAGGACUUGGCCUUGCCUUCACCAUUGCACAUGAGUCAGGGCACAACUUUGGCAUGGUUCAUGAUGGCGAAGGCAACCCCUGCAGGAAGGCGGAAGGCAACAUCAUGUCACCCACGCUGACCGGAAACAAUGGGGUGUUUUCAUGGUCUUCCUGCAGCCGUCAGUAUCUAAAGAAAUUCCUCAGUACACCACAGGCUGGCUGUCUGGUGGAUGCGCCCAAGCAAACGGGACAGUAUAAAUAUCCGGACAAACUCCCAGGACAGAUUUAUGAUGCCGACACACAGUGUAAGUGGCAAUUUGGAGCCAAAGCCAAGCUGUGCAGCCUUGGGGUUAUGAAGGACAUUUGCAAGUCACUCUGGUGCCACCGCGUGGGCCACAGAUGUGAAACCAAGUUCAUGCCUGCAGCCGAGGGGACCAUCUGUGGCUUGAGCAUGUGGUGUCGGCAAGGCCAAUGUGUAAGGCUUGGAGAUCUCGGGCCCCGGCCCAUCCACGGCCAGUGGUCUGCCUGGUCGAAGUGGUCAGAAUGUUCUCGAACAUGCGGUGGAGGAGUCAAGUACCAGGAGAGACACUGUAGUAACCCCAAGCCUCAGUAUGGUGGGAAGUACUGUCCAGGAUCUAGCCGCAUCUACAAGCUGUGCAACAUUAACCCUUGUCAUGAGAAUAGCUUGGAUUUCCGUGCCCAGCAGUGUGCAGAGUAUAACAACAAGCCCUUCCGGGGAUGGUUGUACCGUUGGAGACCCUAUACAAAAGUCGAAGAGGAAGAUCGAUGUAAACUCUACUGCAAAGCUGAGAACUUCGAGUUUUUUUUCGCCAUGUCUGGCAAGGUGAAAGACGGGACGCCUUGCUCCCCACACAGAAAUGACGUCUGCAUCGACGGGAUUUGUGAACCUGUGGGAUGUGACCAUGAACUUGGCUCUAAGGCAGUGUCGGAUGCAUGUGGUGUUUGCAAAGGCGAUAACUCGACUUGCAAGUUUUAUAAAGGCCUGUACCUCAGUCAGCACAAAGCCAACGAGUAUUAUCCUGUGGUCACUAUCCCCGCUGGGGCCCGAAGCAUUGAAAUUCAGGAGUUGGAGCUUUCUUCCAGCUAUCUCGCUGUUCGAAGCCUCAGUCAAAAGUAUUACCUCACAGGGGGCUGGAACAUCGACUGGCCUGGAGACUUCACCUUCGCCGGCACCACGUUUGAAUACCAGCGUCCCUUUAACCGCCCUGAACGACUCUAUGCGCCAGGACCCACAAAUGAGACGCUGGUCUUUGAAAUUCUGACCCAAGGCAAGAACCCGGGGAUCACUUGGAAGUACGCACUUCCCAAGGUCGUGAAUGUAACUCAGCCAGCGGCCAAGAGACACCACCACACCUGGCGUACAGUGCAGUCUGACUGCUCGGUCACCUGCGGCGGAGGUUACAUAAGCAUCAAGGCCAUUUGCUUACGAGAUCAAAACACCCAAGUCAAUUCCUCAUUCUGCAGUGUAAGAACCAAGCCAGCAACGGAACCCAAGCUAUGCAACGCUUUCUCCUGCCCAGCCUAUUGGUUGCCAGGUGAGUGGAGUACAUGCAGCAAGUCCUGUGCUGGGGGCCAGCAGAGCCGCAAGAUCCGGUGUGUGCAGAAGAAGCCCUUCCAGAAAGAGGAGGCUGUGCUGCAUUCUCUCUGUCCAGUGAGCACGCCUACCCAGGUUCAAGUCUGCAACAGCCAUGCCUGCCCUCCAGAGUGGAGCCCCGGGCCCUGGUCUCAGUGUUCCAAGACCUGUGGCCGGGGAGUGAGGAGACGUGAGGUCCUCUGUAAAAGCCCUGCAGCCGAGACACUCCCCGAGAGCCUGUGUUCCAGCAGCCCCAAACCCGAGGCACAGGAAGGCUGUGUGCUGGGACGGUGCCCCAAGAACAACAGACUGCAGUGGAUUGCCUCUGCCUGGAGUGAGUGUUCUGCAACCUGUGGCUUGGGUGUGAGGAAGAGAGAAUUCAAGUGCAUGGAGAAGACCCUGCAGGGAAAGCUGAUGACGUUCCCAGAGCGGAGAUGUCGCAACAUUAAGAAGCCUAACCUGGAACUGGAAGAAACCUGCAACCGACGGGCUUGCCCAGUAUACAGCAUGGCGGCAGGCUGGUAUUCGUCCCCGUGGCAACAGUGCACUGUAACCUGUGGGGGAGGGGUCCAGACCCGAUCUGUCCACUGCAUGCAGCAAGGCCGGCCUUCCUCAAGUUGUCUGCUCCAUCAGAAGCCUCCGGUGCUAAGAGCCUGUAAUACCAACUUCUGUCCAGCUCCUGAAAAGAGAGAUGAUCCGUCAUGUGUGGAUUUCUUCAGCUGGUGUCGCCUGGUCCCUCAGCACGGGGUCUGCAACCACAAAUUUUAUGGAAAACAGUGCUGUCGAUCAUGCUCGAGGAAGAGCUGAUCUCAGGGUCUCCUCAUCCCCCUCAGACCAGGACCUGACCCGUCCAUCUCCAGGUCUUCAUAUCAAGACUACAAACCACAGAGGAAUUGCCACAGGGUUUAAAAAACUGGACAGAUAGCCACCGGCCUCCUUAGUCGAGCCCUGGAAACACAUGGUACUCUCCAGCAUUUGACAAUGAGAAGCGAUGACAAAUCUAACUUAAAAGGAAAAA